CUUAGGUUAAAAAAACGGAGCGUGGAACGUAUCAUUUCAGUGGAGGAUGAGGCCAUGCGACGAUUUGUGUGUGCGCGUUCCCGGACAUACUUUUGCGCUUUAGUGGAUCAGAUUGCCAUGCAGUCCAUUGAAAUCGAUCAUUUUGCUCGAUCGGCUGAAAACGAAUCGAGUAAUCGUGAACGGCUUGAUGUUAUGAUUGAUGAUUACCUUGAUUAUAUACAUUACCUCAACGAUGUUCUACUUAUUAAGGAUGAGCAGUUAUCUGCUAUGUUUAUUGAAGUGAUUUUUGAACGAUUGCUUGCACCAUUAUAUCUGGCAUCGCUUGGCGGUCUAAGGGUUCGACAGACUGCUGCCGUUUUAACUCCAGUAUCCGCACUUUUCUUCCUUACGCAAUUUCUGUUAAUCGUUGACGAUUUCCAGGCGGUGCAGACACUUUUGUCUUCGUUUUUCUUCGGUGAUAACUCGGAUGUGCAGUAUCAGUGGAUGCGAAGCCAAACAACGACUUGGGUACUUGGAAGUGCUAAACCAAAAAGCACUGAAUUACGGGCAUUUUUCAACGGGUAUCUGAAUUCAUUGGUUUGUUCGAGGAAUGAUCAUUCUGCGUUUUUUGGACUUAUUUUUAUCUAUGCAUUCUGCCAGAACAAAGGAGCGAGAGGAGAAAUUCUGGAAGCUGUACAAUUCACAUCAGAUGCCCUUGGUUCUUCCGAACAUAAUUUCUUGAGUUUUUUGCUGGAUGUCAUAACAAAAUGCGCUGAAAAAGAAGCAUUUAUUCGUACAAUAACUGUCGAGCUGUGUUGCGUUGUGAUCAGACAGUUGUUGCUGGCGAUGGAUGCUUCUGUGGAAACGCAGAUGGAAUGCAAACGGCGAGCAGAUAAAGCUAAAGCAGAUAUUGUUGCUGCACUUACACCAUCUGUUCAUUCUGAAGAAUUAUUCCUGGAAAUGUUCGAAGAUGAAUUUUAUAAUUUCGAGAGAAGCAAAAUUCGAGUUGGAAAUAUGAGUGUGGAUUCCGCGCUUUUGCUUCCUCCGCCAAGUACUCCAAUGAGUGGAGUUCCGCUCAACAAGCGCCUCCCAUCCGGCAACGAAGAACGCAUUCGAAGGGGCAUACAGCUGUUUUUUCAUUUGAGACGAUUUGCGCUUGAUCUAGGCGGUGAAGAGGAGCCCGAUCUGCAUGCUCCACUAAAAGCCGAUGUUAUCGUUGAAGUAAACGACUGCAUCAAUCUGGUGGUUAUGAAUAAUCGAGGCGAAAGAGUUCAUCGAUUCCUUGUAACAGACCAAGCGCAACUGAUACUGGUUGAGCCGGAUAACAAGCGAAUGGGAUGGGCUGUUGUUCGUUUUGUUGGUCUUCUACAAGAUACGCAAGUAACGGGUGAUUUGGGUGACAGUCGUGCCCUUCAUAUAAUUGUUAACAACGUUGGCAGCCGUUCUUCACGAGCAAAUAAUGCUUUGUGUUUCAAUGCUAAACUGAUAUUUGAUGAUCACAUAAGAUGUAUGGCUGCGAAGCAACGCCUUACAAAGGGCAGGCAAAUAGCGCGACAGCGCAGAUUGGAUCAGAUUUGUGAUUUGCUUGGAGUAGCUAAGAAGAAUUCGGUCUGGGAAAAUAACAAGAAUCCGUUUCGUGUGGUCAAAGGAUGUCCACCUGGAUCAUUACGAAGACAGCAGCUGGGCAGUCCCAGUAGUAGCAGAUCAUCGAACAGCUCGCUGAAUAUUGUUCCGGAUGAUCCUGAACAUGGUGCUGCUGGUCCAUCGACAAGUAGUAAGGAUUGGAAGACCGAAAACAUUUAA